CCCGGCAUGGCGGCGCGGGCGGCGCUGGAGGUGGCGGCGGCGGCGGCGGCGCGGGACGUGGUUCUGUACGAGCACGACCGGAGCCGCUUCUUCCGCCUCGUGGGGCUCUUCUGCGCCAGCCAGGGGCUCUUCUGGGCCUACCUGGCGCACUUCGCCUUCACGGCGCUGCGCCCGGUGCCCGCUCCCGCUGCCGGGGCCGAUGACCCGCUGCGACCCCGCGACAACAAGUGGCGCUUUGGGUUCACGGCGUCCUGCCUCACCGUCGGCUCGCUGACGGUGGCCGCGGGCUGGCUGCUGCCGCUGCGCUCGGUGGCGCGGCUGACGCUGCUGCGCGGCGGGGCCGCCGUGACCAUCGGGACCCCGGGGCCGCUCGGCAUCGGCCGCCGGACGCUCACGGUGCCGCUGCGGGACGUGGCCGGCGCCGCGCACCGGAGCGAGGCCGCGGCCGCGGUGCCCAUCCGGGUCCGGGGCCGCCCGUUCUUCUUCCUGCUGGACAAACGGGGGAACCUCCGGGAGCCGCGGCUCUUCGAUGUCACCGUGGGGGCGGCGCGGAAACUCUAGGGGACACCGGGGACACCGGGGGGACAG